AUGGCCCACAGGAGUAACACAGGACCUGUCUGCAGGCUGAAACUCGUGACUCUUCUAUUUGCCCUAAGUCCAGAGCUACUUCUCCCGGGAGCCGGAGUGAAGCUUCAAGACAAUGGCUACGAUGAAUUGCUUAUUGCGAUUAAUCCUCAGGUACCCGAGAAUCAGAACCUGAUUGCAAACAUUAAGGAGAUGCUAACUGAAGCUUCCUUUUACCUGUUCAAUGCUACCAAGAGAAGAAUGUUUUUCAGAACGAUCCAGAUUUUAAUUCCUGCCACUUGGACAGCUCAUAAUUAUAGCAAAGUCAAACAAGAAUCCUAUGAAAAGGCAAAUGUCCUAGUGACGGAGCAGAAUGGGGUACAUGGGGAUGAUCCAUACACCCUACAGCACAGAGGGUGUGGAAAAGAGGGGAAAUACAUCCAUUUCACUCCGAACUUCCUGCUAAAUGAUGAGCUGAUAGCGGGAUACGGCUCAAGAGGCAGAGUGUUUGUCCAUGAGUGGGCCCAUCUCCGCUGGGGAGUGUUUGAUGAAUAUAGCAAGGAAAAGCCAUUCUACUUGAACGGGCGAAAUGAAAUUCAAGUCACAAGGUGUUCAUCUGGCAUCACUGGGGUGUUUGUAUGUGAAAAGGGCCUUUGUCCCCAUGAAGACUGUAUCAUUAGCAAGCUUUUCAGAGAAGGAUGCACAUUCCUCUACAACAGCACCCAGAAUGCAACUGCAUCAAUAAUGUUCAUGCAAAGUUUGCCUUCUGUGGUUGAAUUCUGCAAUGCGAGCACCCAUAACUAUGAAGCCCCAAACCCACAGAACCAAAAGUGCAGCCUCAGGAGCACUUGGGAUGUAAUCACGGAGUCCUCUGACUUUCAUCACAGCCUCCCCAUGCGCGGGGUUGAGCUUCCACCUCCUCCCACGUUCUCCCUCAUGCAAGCUGGGGACAAAGUCAUCUGCUUAGUGAUGGAUGUGUCCAAGAAGAUGUCAGAGGCGGACAGACUCCUUCGACUGCAGCAAGCAGUCGAGUUGUACUUAAUGCAAGUUGUUGAAGUGCGCACGUUCGUGGGCAUUGUCACCUUUGGCAGCAAAGGAGAAAUCAGAGCCCAGCUACAGCAAAUGAACACUGACGGUGACCGGAGGCGGCUGGUUUCCUAUCUGCCCACCAGUGUGUCCACCGAAGAAGAAGCAAACACCUGCGCAGGCGUUAAAAGAGGCUUCGAGGUGCUUGAGAAGAGGAAUGGGAGAGCCGACGGCUCUGUCAUGAUAUUGGUGACCAGCGGAGCAGAUGAGCACAUCAGCAACUGUCUGCUCAGCGCGGUGGGCAGCGGGGUCACCAUUCACUCCAUUGCCCUGGGUUCCUCUGCUGCCGGUAAACUGGAGGAAUUAUCACAUCUUACAGGAGGGUUAAAGUUCUUCAUUCCAGAUAAAUCUAAUCCCAACAGAAUGACUGAAGCUUUCUGUAGAAUAUCUUCUGGAACGGGAGACAUUUUCCAGCAAAGUUUACAGCUUGAGAGCGUGUAUGAAACUGUGCCACCUCGGCGGCAACAGACGAACUCUGUGACUGUGGAUGGGACCGUGGGCAAUGACACGGUUUUCCAAGUCACGUGGCAGACCAGUGAGCCCCCUGAGAUGGCAGUACUGGAUCCCAGUGGAAGAAAGUAUAACACUAGCGACUUUGUCAUCAACCUGGCCUUUCGGACAGCUAGCCUUCGGGUUCCAGGAACUGCCAAGCAUGGGCACUGGACUUACAUGCUGAACAACACACAUCCUUCUCCUCAAGCCCUGGAAGUGACAGUGGCCUCCCGUGCCUCUAGCCUGGCCAUAUACCCAGCCACUGUGGAAGCCUUUGUGGAAAGAGACAGCACCCAUUUUCCUCAGCCGGUGAUAAUUUACGCGAACGUGAGGAAGGGUCUAUAUCCCAUUCUUAAUGCCACUGUGGUGGCAACAGUGGAGCCAGAGGCUGGAGAUCCCGUUAUGCUACAACUUCUGGAUAACGGAGCAGGUGCUGAUGUUAUAAAAAAUGAUGGAAUUUACUCCAGGUAUUUCUUCUCCUUUCCUGUAAGUGGUAGAUAUAGCUUGACAGUGCGUGUCCGUCACUCUCCCAGCAUCAGCACCCUAGCCCACUCUGUUCCAGGAAGCCAUGCCAUGUAUGUACCAGGUUAUAUAGCAAACGAUAAUAUUCAAAUGAAUGCUCCAAAACAACCAGGACGCAGAGGUGUGGAGGAGCAGUGGGGCUUCAGUAGAGUGAGCGCCGGGGGCUCCUUCUCAGUGCAGGGAGUUCCAGCUGGCCCCCGUCCUGACAUGUUUCCGCCGUGCAAAAUUACUGACCUGGAAGCUGUAAAAGUGGAAGAGGAUGUGACCCUCUCUUGGACGGCUCCUGGAGAAGACUUCGACCAGGGCCGGGUUACAAGCUAUGAGAUAAGAAUGAGUAAAAGUCUACAGAGAAUUCGCGAUGACUUUGACAAGGCCAUUCUAGUGAACACAUCGGAGCUUGCCCCUCAGCAAGCUGGCACCCGGGAGACAUUUACUUUCUCACCCAAGCUUGUCACCAGUGAACUUGAACCUGAAUCUGAUGGAGAAAUGCAGGAAAACCACAUGGUGUAUGUGGCCAUGAGAACAGUGGACCACAACUCCCUGAGGUCAGCUGUGUCCAACAUUGCCCUGGUGAUGCUGUCUACUUCCCCCAGCUCUGCUCCUGUACUGAGCAGAGAUGAUCUGGUACUGAAAGGGGUUUUAAUAGCAGUCGCUUUUAUUGCGAUCAUCUGCCUUGUUAUAGUUGCAGCACACUGGACUUUAAACAGGAGAAAGAGAGCUUUAAAGAAAGACAAUGGACCAAAAUUGCUGUGAGCAAAUGUGCAUAGUUUCUUCCUCACUAGAUAUGAUGCCCGUGGCCUUUACGUUCA